CCGUUCUCCCUCUCUUCUCCUCUCCAAGGUCCCUGCCACCCACACAAGGCUUGGACUCUUGGGCCGGCCGGGGGGGAAGAAGACAAGACAAACGCAGCCGCCGGCAUGAUGGCGAUCUGCAGCGCGCACACCACCACCAUCUCCCUGCGCUCCCCAUGCACGACGACCGUCUCGAACGCGGCAGCUGGCUUGGUGCAGAAGCAAGUCAUCUUCUUGACCAGCAUCAACAGGAGGAGCGGCAGCAGAAGGCGUGGAGGAGGGGUGAGCAGGACCUUACUCCAGGUCUCGUGCUCCGCCGACGGCAACAAGCCAGUGGUGAUCGGCCUGGCGGCGGACUCCGGGUGCGGCAAGAGCACCUUCAUGCGCCGGCUCACCAGCGUCUUCGGCGGCGCCGCGGAGCCGCCCAGGGGCGGGAACCCGGACUCCAACACGCUCAUCAGCGACACCACGACCGUGAUAUGCCUCGACGACUACCACUCCCUGGACAGGACCGGCAGGAAGGAGAAGGGCGUCACCGCGCUCGACCCGAGGGCCAACAACUUCGACCUCAUGUACGAGCAGGUGAAGGCGAUCAAGCAAGGCCAGGCGGUCCAGAAGCCCAUCUACAACCACGUCACCGGCCUCCUCGACCCGCCGGAGCUUAUCACGCCGCCCAAGAUCUUUGUCAUCGAAGGUCUGCACCCAAUGUUCGACGAGCGUGUGAGGGACCUCUUAGACUUCAGCAUCUACUUGGACAUCAGUGAUGAGGUUAAGUUUGCAUGGAAAAUCCAGCGGGACAUGGCAGAGCGUGGGCACAGCCUUGAAAGCAUCAAGGCCAGCAUCGAAGCCAGGAAACCAGAUUUCGAUGCAUAUAUUGAUCCGCAGAAGCAGUACGCUGACGCCGUGAUCGAAGUUCUGCCGACCCAGUUGAUCCCCGACGACGACGAAGGGAAGGUUCUGCGAGUCAAGCUGAUCAUGAAAGAAGGGGUGGACAAAUUCAACCCGGUCUAUCUCUUCGACGAAGGGUCCACCAUCUCCUGGGUGCCCUGUGGAAGAAAGCUCACGUGCUCUUACCCCGGCAUCAAAUUCGCCUACGGCCCAGACAUUUACUUCGGAAACGAGGUAUCUGUUUUGGAGAUGGAUGGGCAGUUCGACAGACUAGACGAGCUCAUCUACGUGGAGAGCCAUCUGAGCAACCUCUCGACCAAGUUCUACGGGGAGGUGACACAGCAGAUGCUGAAGCACGCGGACUUCCCUGGAAGCAACAACGGGACAGGUCUCUUCCAGACCAUCGUCGGGCUGAAGAUUAGAGACCUCUACGAGCAGAUUGUUGCCGAGAGGGCUGGCGCGCCAGUGGAAGCAGCCAAAGUUUGAUGGCCCGCGUGCAUUCAGAUGUCCUAAAACGGGACAGGCCUCUUCAAACUCGACGCACGUCUGUUGGGGAUAUAUGCAUGGGCAGCAUGGCGAGGAACUAGGAGCCUAGGAGGAUGUGGAAGAAACGUCAUUUGCAGAGCUCAGGAAAACGUGCAGCACUUGUUUAGAUGUGUGCCUUCUUCCAUGCUUCAUUGCAGAAAGAAAUCAAGUGCCUCUACUACUAUCAGGUACUCCUAUUCAAGUGUAGGAGACGAAUCCAUACCACUUCCAUUGUUGGUUAUUGUUUCUCUGACCCGGAGCCAAGAACAGUCAACAAGGACCCGAGGUUGAACAUCUCUUUUUAUGGACUACUGGAGAGUAACAACAUGUCCGUUUGGUUUUAAUUAGUACUGGAUUGGACUGCUUCUACAGUACUUUGUCUUUAUGGAUUAUAGCUGUAGUAGUCGGUUUUAAUUCGUACUGGAUUGGACUGCUUCCACAGUAUUUUAUC